AAUGUCCUCGCCCAGUGCCGGAAAACGACGCAUGGACAACGAUGUGAUCAAGCUGAUCGAAUCGAAGCACGAGGUGACGAUCCUGGGAGGCCUCAAUGAGUUCCACGUCAAAUUCUUCGGCCCAACGGAGACGCCCUACGAGGGCGGCGUGUGGAAGGUGCGCGUCUACCUGCCAGACAACUAUCCCUUCAAAUCACCGAGCAUCGGUUUUGUGAACAAGAUCUACCAUCCGAAUAUUGACGAGUCCUCCGGCACGGUGUGCCUGGAUGUGAUCAAUCAAGCCUGGACAGCGCUGUACGAUCUAUCGAACAUAUUCGAAUCGUUCUUACCGCAGCUGCUCACAUAUCCCAAUCCGGUCGAUCCGCUCAAUCGGGAUGCGGCCGCCUUGUACCUGCACGAGCCGGAGGAGUACCAUCGCAAGGUGGCCGACUAUGUGCAGCGGUAUGCCACCGAGGAUGCGCUGCGGGCGGCGCAGCAGGAACGGGAGAGCAGCGACAGUGAGUCGAGCAUGUCCGACUACAGUGAGGAUGAGGCCAGGGACAUGGAGUUAUAAUAUCGGUUGGACCGCCAGCCUACGGAACUACCACUAACACUUACACUGACAACAGCCUAAUACAAAUGCUUCGAGACCCCAAUUCCCCAUAUCCCGACACUUUCCCCCAAAGCAAACAGGCAAACACAAUUUCCCCAAACCCCUUAGUUGGCGACGGAACAACAAGCAACAAUAUAUAUAUAUAUAUAAAUAUAUAUAAUUGAUAAAUGAUAAUUGGAUUUUAAGAUAGAAAGUGAUUCGAUGGAGGCGUGUGAUGAUCUGCGCACACACGCAUAUACAUAUAAAUAUAUACAUACAAUAUAUAUAUAUAUAUAUAUAUGUAUAUAUAUAUAUACACUAAUGUAAGCAGCAAGAAAAACAAGAUUUGAAAACUCUUAGUUUAGCCAUCUGUAGCUGAUAACAAAAAUGGAUUGGAGCAAGGAUCGUAACAGAUAUAUAGACCACAACAAAAACGGAACGGAGGAGAACAAAAUGGAAAACAAAAACCAAUUAAAUACAGAUUAACUCAGAUAACAGAGAUAAAAGCAUAGAUGCAACUCAAUUUAAAUGGCUAUAGUAAGUGCACGUGCAAUACGAAAUAUGACAUGAAUUUGCUUUUGGCCUUGAUCUGGCAUUAAACUGACGUCAAUGCCCGUUCUUUAGAGAUUAGCAAUGGAGUAACAAGAUGAUAGAAAACGUAUCGUAAACACAAGUACCACCAUCAAACAAAAGUUUUUGGAAAACCCUCAUCACAUAAAUACCACACGAUGAUAACCCAGAUUCAAAUCCAGAGGAAGCCUCAGCCGCCUCAGUUUCCGCUUAGAUCGUUCAACAAAAUUAGUGUUUUGUUCUCCCCCAGCUUUAUAUGUUUGUUUGUUUGUUUUGUUUAUUUGUGAACGCGUUUUUGUAGGAUUUAUCGUUGUCCUUGUCCAUAUACAUUAUAUAUUUAGACAUUUUUAACUGCAGCAAAUCAUCUGACUUAGCAGCAUUGUCCCUGCCCAAAAAAAGUGAAUAACGAUCGAAACUAAAUAGAACUAAAGUAGAAAACCAAGACAAAUCCUAGAGGAAGCGUUUGGAGACGAUUACGUGGAACAGACAAAAUAAACGUUGCAGUUCAUUUUCUUGUUAAUUAAUAUUAUUGUACGGUUAUUAUGUAAUGUUUUAAAAUAGGAUUCGAAUUGAUCGUGUAAUUAAAUGCAAUAAUUCUUAUGUCUAACUUA